CCCAAGUCUGAUGUGACACGUGCUUCCACGGAGAGGACCGCGGACUGAAGGUUCCUUUCAGGAUCCCAGAAGUCAGCCCUUGGGAGCCAGUGUUACAAUCAUGGUCUGGGCGGUGUUUCACAGGUGAAGUCUCAGGAUGAUGCCACAUCUUCUUCCCUGGUGAGAACCUGAGGACAGAGCCUCUCUGCCCACCAUGAGUGUCACCCCAGAGGUUAAGAGUCGUGGGAUGAAGUUUGCUGAAGAGCAGCUGCUGAAACAUGGAUGGACUCAAGGCAAGGGCCUGGGCCGGAGAGAGAAUGGCAUCACUCAGGCCCUCAAGGUGACACUGAAGCAAGAUACCCAUGGGGUGGGACACGACCCUGCCAAGGAGUUUACAAACCACUGGUGGAGUGAUCUCUUCAACAAGACUGCAGCCAGCUUGGUAGUGGACACAGGGAAGGACGGAGUGCAGAUAAGGCGCCUUUCCAAGGAGACCACCCGGCGUAAUCACACCAAGCCCAGUUUGCUGUAUCAGAAGUUUGUGAAGACAGCCACACUAACCUCAGGCAAAGAGAAGCCAGACAGAGACUUGGAGAACAGCAGUGAUGAUGACGAUCAUGAGCCCACGCCUCCGAAGAUUCUGACUGAUGAGAUGCUACUCAAAGCUUGUGAGGGGCGAACAGCACACAAGGCUGCCCGGGUUGGAAUCACAAUGAAGGCUAAGCUUGCUCGCCUGGAGGCCCAAGAGCAGGCCUUCCUGGCUCGGCUCAAAGGCGCAAAGGAUGUGGGCACCUCUCAACCACAGACUGAGAGGGAGCCCUCCAAAAAAAAGAAAAAGAAGAGGAAGCAGGAGGAGGAGGAGGAAGAGGCUGCAACAACUGAAAAGAACGUAGACGAGGAGCUCUUAGAACACACUGACCAGAACGUUAGGAAAAGCAGGAAGAAGAAGAGGAGGAAACAGAAAGAUGAGAGAGAGGGAAUGGCUGGAGGAAGUAGGGAGGAAGAGGCUGAAGGAGCAAGUGGACCUGGAGAACUGAGCACAGAGCAAUCGGAUCAGUCUCCUAGGAAAAGGAAGAAAAAGAGGAGGCGACACCCUGAAGAAGAGGGGAGGAUGCAAGUCUGUGAUAAAGGAGGCAGAGAUGUGACAGGCAGGCCAAAGGCAGUGGACAGUGGAGCAGGCACAGACCCGUGGAGAAGCAGCAAGAAGCCAUGGCAGUGUGGGGAGGACUUGGACACCCAAGAUGAAGAAGGGAAGGAGGGCCUAAUGGAAGGAGAGAGAAGGGUCAGACGAGGCAAGAAGAAAAGACAGCAGUGUCGUGAGGAGGCGGUCUUGGAUGUAAGCAAUAAGGGUGAUGAUGGCAGGACCGGGGAAGCUGAGAAUGAAGGGCGAGAGAAGCCAGCCACACCAAAGGAGAGAGCCACAAAGAAGAAGCGGAAGAGGGACAGAAGCCCUACAGUGUAGCUCUGCUGAUUCCUUUUCCGGGGCAGCCUGGGUUUGGGCAGGGUUUCUUCAGACCACUCUGCAAGUAGCUCAGGAGCACCAGUCUGCUGAGGAGAGCCAAAGCAUUCAAUGCUAGCUGAGGGGGUGAACGUCCCCCGUUCAAAAUGUAUAGCCCUGGUGUGCCUAGCAGCUCGCUAGCUAAAGGAUGGUGGAAGAGGCAUCGGGGCAGAGGAGCCUUCAUUUGAAGACGUGUCUGCUAAGUCUGAAAAUGUACUUACGUGAAAAGACUUUUGUCUGGUUUCUUGAGACAGGAUUUCUCUAAUAUGGCUCUAG